AUGCGUUUGGGUGUAGCGAGCGUUACAUUCCUCUGCAUUCCUUCGUAUUCACCUGAUGAUGUUUGUCCAAUCCUCACAAUGUCGGACCCCAGAUCUGCUUACAUCGUCAACGUCCUUGACAUAACCAUGCAUGGACUUAUACGCCUCGUUAUGCUUGUCGCCAUCGAUGUACCUCCAUUCGAAGGCCUUUUGUGA